AUGGCUGACACUGUUAUUACCCCGGAGGUCGAGUCGAACGCCGGCACCAUGGAGCUCAAGGAGAACACUGUCAUCGUUGUUCUCGGUGCUUCAGGUGAUCUUGCAAAGAAGAAGACUGUAAGCUCACCGGACCUCCAAUUGACCCGCACGAGACCUUUGCUAACCGCACGCGCAGNNUUCCCUGCUCUCUUCGGCCUGAACAACUUCCUCCCCAAGAACAUCAAGAUUGUCGGAUAUGCACGAAGCAAGAUGGAUCACGCCGAAUUCAUCAAGCGUGUCAAAUCGAACAUCAAGACUCCUACAAAGGACGUCGAGGACCAAUUGGAGGAGUUCUGCAGCUUCUGCACAUACCUCCAGGGCGACAAAUACGAAGACGACAAAUACUACCAGGGCCUCGAGAAGCACCUCAGUGAACUCGAGAAGAAGGACAACCAGAAAGAGACUAACCGCAUCUUCUACAUGGCCCUGCCCNCCAGCGUCUUCAUCAUCGUCUCGCAAAUGCUCAAGAAGCACUGCUACCCCAAGACCGGCAUUGCCCGCAUCAUUGUUAGUACCUGGUGCCUAGACGAGCCUGGGCUGCUGCUGACAACCAUUUACAGANUUGAGAAGCCCUUCGGCAAGGACCUCGGCAGCUCCAGAGAACUCCAGCACGCCCUGGAGCCCAACUGGAAGGAAGAGGAGAUCUUCCGUAUUGACCACUACCUUGGUAAGGAGAUGGUCAAGAACAUCUUGAUCCUCAGAUUCGGCAACGAGUUCUUUGGCUCCAACUGGAACCGCAAUCACAUCGAUAAUGUUCAGGAGCCUUUCGGCACCGAGGGCAGAGGCGGUUACUUCGACGAGUUCGGUAUCAUCCGUGACGUUAUGCAGAACCAUCUCCUCCAGGUCCUGACCCUGCUCGCCAUGGAGCGUCCCAUCUCUUUCUCAGCCGAGGACAUUCGUGACGAGAAGGUUCGUGUCCUUCGCGGCAUGGCCCCCAUCGAGCCCAAGAACGUUAUCAUUGGUCAAUACGAGAAGUCGCUCGACGGCUCCAAGCCCUCCUACAAGGAUGACGAAUCCGUUCCCAAGGGAUCCCGCUGCCCCACCUUCGCUUCGAUGGUUGCAUACAUUAAGAACGAGAGAUGGGACGGCGUUCCCUUCAUCCUCAAGGCCGGCAAGGCUCUCAACGAGCAGAAGACCGAGGUCCGCAUUCAGUUCAAGGAUGUCACCUCUGGCAUCUUCAAGGAUAUCNCCCGCAACGAGCUUGUCAUUCGCAUUCAGCCCAACGAGAGCGUGUACAUCAAGAUGAACUCGAAGCUCCCCGGCUUGAGCAUGCAGACCGUGGUUACCGAGCUGGAUCUCACCUACCGCCGCCGCUUCUCUGACCUAAAGAUCCCCGAGGCCUACGAAUCUCUUAUUCUUGACGCCCUCAAGGGUGACCACUCCAACUUUGUCCGUGACGACGAGCUCGAUGCCAGUUGGAGAAUCUUCACCCCUCUUCUCCACUACCUCGACGACAACAAGGAGAUCGUUCCCAUGGGCUACCCUUACGGUAAGUUUUUCUACGUCCCAACCUCAACAACCAAUACUGAUUCAGAUUACANNGGCUCUCGUGGUCCCUCCGUCCUCGACGACUUCACCUCCUCGUACGGCUACAAGUUCAGCGACGCUGCUGGUUACCAAUGGAGCAACCUUCCCGAGAACAAGCUCUAA